AGAGAGAGAGCGCGCGCAGAAUGGAGGGAGAGCACUUAACGGUGAAAACAAACGGCAUCAACAUCCACGUGGCGGCGAUGGGUCCCACAGACGGAGCCGUGGUGCUACUCCUCCACGGCUUCCGCGCCGUCGCUCCUGACCUCCGCGGCUACGGUGACUCCCACGCGCCGCCGGAGAUCUCCUCCUACACUUGUUUCCACAUCGUCGGAGACCUAAUCGACGUCAUCUCCUCCGUAACGGCUUCCGACGAAGAGAAGGUGUUCGUCGUCGGUCAUGACUGGGGAGCGAUUAUGGCAUGGUAUCUCUGUCUGUUUAGGGCGGAUAGAGUCAAAGCUCUGGUCAACCUCAGUAUUCCGUUCUGUUUUCCGCCAUUGGAUCCGACGGUGAAAGUUGUCGACACCCUUAGCAAAUUCUACGGCGACGAUUGCUGUGUGUGCCGAUUUCAGGAACCUGGAGAAGUGGAGUCUGAGUUUACAAAGGCAGGAACAGAGAGAGUGCUGAAAACGCUGUUCACAUACAACGAGCCUAAACCCUUCACCCUGCCCCGGAACGUCGACAUCUGGGGCUCUCCCGACUCUCCGAUCCCCCUACCGCCUUGGCUAUCCGAGGACGACGUCCGUUAUUACGUCACCAAGUUCGAAAAGACGGGAUUCUCCGGACCGGUCAACUUCUACCGGAAUCUUGAUCGGAACUGCGAGCUGUUAGCGCCGUGGAAGGGAAGCAAAAUCAGGGUGCCGACGAAAUUCGUGAUCGGGGACGAGGAUCUCGUGUACGCAAUGCCUGGAGUGAAGGAAUACGUACGCGGAGACAAGUUCAGAGAGGAAGUGCCAUUGCUGGAGGAAUCGGUGGUGAUGGAAGGAGUUGGCCACUUCCUUAACCAAGAAAAACCAGAUGAGAUCCUUCGCCACAUCCACCGCUUCAUCAGCAAGUUCUAAUCCCCUCAUUGCAGCUGUGCGCGAGAAAACGUUAUGUAAUCUUGAAUAAAACUGUUCUAUAGCCCAGAUCAAAUUAUAUAGCAGAGAAGAUCAUCAUAUCUUCAAGACCUGUAAUGUAUUAGAACAUGCAGGGAAUAGGGGCAGACCAAGUGAAGUUACCUUAUUUUACCA